AUGCUUAUUGGGUCAAUCAAGACCCCCUCAAAAUCGAGAGAGGGUUUGCGUGAGCUAUCAGCACCAUUUGCAUUAGACACUGGGACCCACAACAUCACUUUGUCCUGGGAGCCUCUUAACCAAUCAAAUGUGACCUACAUACCACAGUGGACAGGCCCCAGCCUAUCAGGGACCUGGAUGUUCAAGGAGAAUACAACUGCCCCACCCUGUACUGUGGAUGCACUGCAGCCGUACUCAUGGUAUAUGUUCAGGGUUUUGGCGAUGUUGGAGGACUGCCAACAGCUCAUCGCCUCUCCUGAGAGCCAACUAUACCAGACAGAGGCCUAUGGAGCCCCGCCCAGCCCCCCCGUGAUUGACAUGGCUGAGAGCCUAUCGUCCGACAGCGUGGAGCUGGGUUGGUCUGCGCCGCUCUACACAGGAGGGCCCGUGCUGGGCUACAACAUCAACCUCACCAGUCACCACGGCAACCCUGGCAUCAUCGCCUUGACAACAGGACCAGACGUCUUCAGUGCCACUGUCUUUCCCACCGCUUCAAACACAACAUACAGGGUGUCGAUUGCUGUUGUGAACAUUGAGGGACAGGGCCCGGCAGCAGAGGCCACAGUCAGUACACCGGAGAGGCACGAACUGAGUGGUACACAUUGGAUCAUUGCGUCCAGGAUGAAGUCACUCCGGACGAAGCGGGCCAACAGCAUCUACUCACCUGCCACCUGUCUCUCAGAUCCACGCAUAGCAUCCAAUAUCACAGGUGUGUCUGUUCUAUCGGCUGCUGGUAGGGUGUAUUUCUCUGAGGGGGCGAACAUCUGGACGAAAACAGCAGGCGAUGACCUCAGUGACCCCUCUGACCUUCGGCUCCUGCACUCCGCGGCCCUGGAGGUGACAGCCCUGUCUGUGGACUGGCUCUACCAUAAGCUCUACUUCAUCUCAGGGGGAAAGGUGUACCGCUGCAGUUUGGAGGGCUGUUCAGAUUCAGCACAUGUACAGAUACCCACGCCAGCCCCUCCCAUCAGGAUCAAGGCAGACCCAUAUAACGGAUGGCUCUUCCUUCUGUUGCAUGAUGGGAUACAUCGUGUCGUCCUGCCAGAUGAUGCCUCACCAGACCACGCCCACAAUCAGAACAACACCCUGGUCGUCAAGAGCAGCUCGCUACAUGACUUUGCCGUCAGCGUCCGUGACAGGAAGCUGGUGUUUUUCCACUUCCUGCCGGAGGGCGGAACACUAUCUCUGGCCGCCGUGUCAUUGGAUGGCUCGUCUCCCGUCACUUUGCACGCCGACAUCACAGUGGUGGAGCAGGUGCGCAGCAUGGCCUAUGAGGACAACCGGGUGGUGUUCACUGACGGCGAGAACGUCUACCAGGAAGUGAGCGAAGGCGAGGUCACGCGGUUUAACGAGUACCUCAUGGACUGUGUCUUCAGCGAGCCGGCCCUCGGUGGCUUCGAUAACCUGCUGUACAACAGCUCCCGCUCGCAGCCCCAUCCGGUUCCCCGGACCCCCAGGGACCUCAAUGUGCUGUUUGGGGCCACCACAGCCAACGUGAUGUGGCGGGCACCACCGCUCACCGCAGGAGCAAGCCCAUCAGCAUGGCAUAACUGGACCUACAUCGUCACAGCAUCUCUAAACGGGUCUGUAGUGAGGACAUAUCGGGGCAUCACAGGGACUCAGGUGACGGUGACUGGCCUGUUGAGCGGCUGGUGCUAUACUCUGUCUGUCAAGGCCACGUCUCCUGGUGGCGAAUCCAGUCCCGUGCAGAUGGAGGGAACCACGCUAUGGAACGAGAGUGCUGCCCCGUAUAUCAUUGCUGCCAGCAGCAACAGGCUCUGGAGGCAGGAGCUGGAUGCCUAUGACUUCACACGGCUUCUGGUUGGCGACGUCACAGCAGUAAGAGAUAUGGACUGGUACAAUGACACAGUCUUCUGGGCCGACAGCGCGGGCCGUGUCCAUUACGUGGCAUUGGUGGAUGAGGAUGUCAUGUCCCGCCCCAACAUCGCAGUGCUGCUGGGAUUGGAGGAUGUUGAGGUGCUGGCGUUUGAUUGGUUGGGCCGACAGCUCUACUGGAACUGCAACAGAACUCAGAUCUGCAGAGUGCACCUCAACUCGGGGCAGCAGGAUGUGGUGUGGCGAGGGGGGCGUGGCUUAACAGGGGGGAUGCGAUACAUCGCGAGAGGGAGGCAUGGCUUUACAAGAAGGAAGCAUGACAUCACGGGAGGGAGAAGUGACAGCACAGGAGGCGGAAGUGAUAUCACAGGGCUGGUGCUGGACCCCCUGGAUGCCUGGGUGUACUGGAGCACUGCCUGGUCUGUGGAGAGGGCUCGACUCAACGGACAACAACACCUCAUCAUCCAGCAGCUCAGUGUGCUCUCUGGCAGACAGGUGGCUGGAUUGACCAUUGACCUAGCUGAAGGCUCCCUCUUCUGGCUGGUUCAGGACGGUGCAACUCUAGACCUGUACAGAGCAGAUGUCAUCACAAACAAUGUUGUGCUGUUGAGUGCGAGGUGGAGUGUGUCCGAGGUGUGGGGUUAUCAGCUGGGCGUGUUCGGUGGUCGUCUGCUGUGGCUGGAUGAGGAAAGGAGACUGAAGAUCCAGGAAACCAACUCAACCCACAGCAGCCUCAUGACCCCCCAACACACACUCAGCGCUUUCACUCUUAUAGACAACACACUCAAACCACUACCAGAGGGGUUCCUUCUUCCUCCUGUGGUGACUCCUCAGCCAGUCUCGGCCGCGUCUGUCCGCGUCCAUGGCAACGCCAGCGUGUUCCAAGUGACAUGGGAGGGCGAUAGCCAUGUAAACUACGGCUCCGUCCUCUACUGUGUGCAGUCCGACGCUCGACCACCGCGGGAUCGAGAUCAGGCCGAACAGAGCUAUACUGAUGCUGCCUGUCCCCCAUCACAAACACUACCUGAGCCUGUUUUGGUGGUGCGACAAUUCCAGCCCAACACCCCAUUCCAACUGUCUAUUACCCCAUUCACUUACUGGGGUAAAGCAGACACCACAUCCGUCAUGCUCCGCUCACCUGCUGUAGGUCCUUCUACAGAAUCAGAUGCCAUCGUAAUUGUAUUCGGCGUGUUGACAGGCGCCCUGCUGGCUCUGAUCAUUACUGCUGUUUUCAUUUGGUUUAGGCGAAGAACUGGAAAAGAGUCUGACUUACCCACCCCUCUCUCGGAAACCCCGGCACCUCAAGGUCAAGACAAGGAGCUGGAGCAAAUUAGAGGACUGGUUGGCAUGGCAACUGCCUGUUAUGCUAUCAGAGCACUGCCCGUUCCGUCCGAGAUAGACACACUUCCCGUGUUUCCCAGAGAGCAGUUGAGACUGCAAAGGCUGCUGGGUAGUGGUGCGUUUGGGGAGGUCUACGAAGGCAUCGCCUCAGGGAUGGCGUAUGAGGAGCUCAAGUCGGACACAAGGGUCGCAGUCAAGACGUUGAAGAAAGGAGCCACCGACGAUGAAAAAAGUGAUUUUCUUAAGGAGGCACACCUGAUGAGUCAGUUUGCACACCCCAAUAUCCUGCGUCUGGUGGGGGUGUGUCUGCUAAACGAGCCCCAGUACCUGAUCCUGGAGCUGAUGGAGGGAGGAGAUCUACGCUCUUACCUGAUGGAGGCCCGCCCCUCACCUGACCAUGGGCCUCUGCUCAACCUUGGGGACCUGUUGGACAUCUGUUUAGACGUGGCCAAAGGCUGUGCCUACUUGGAGAAAAUGCACUUUGUACACAGGGAUCUGGCGGCCAGGAACUGCCUGGUGUCUGUGAAAGACUACACGGCUCCUGGGCGUGUGGUUAAGAUCGGGGACUUCGGUCUGUCCCGGGACGUCUACAAGAACGACUACUACAGGAAGAGGGGAGAGGGGUUGCUUCCUGUCCGAUGGAUGUCGCCUGAGAGCCUGACAGAUGGUGUAUUCAACAAGCACUCAGACGUGUGGUCGUUCGGGGUGUUGUUGUGGGAGGUGUUCUCCCUGGGGAGGCAGCCCUACCCUGCCCUUACCAACAUGGAGGUCGUGCACCACAUCAACUCAGGGGGGAGGCUGCCACCACCACCAGACUGCCCCGGGAGCCUAUACGAGGUGAUGUUAGCGUGCUGGUUGAGGGCACCCAAGGAGAGGCCGAGCUUCAGGCGCCUGGAGAGCCAGUUGGUCCGCCUAAGGGAGACUGAGGUGGAGGUGGAGAGGAAGCUGAGAGAGGAGCUCCAGGGGUCCAGAGGAGAAGUGAACCUGGCCUUCCAGGGCGAUGAGGAUGAGAUGAGUUGUGCUGUGGACCAGGACGAGAGCCCGGAUGUCGGCCUCACACACGUGCUGAGCGAAGAGGGACUCAACUACUUGAUGUUCAGCGCUGACGGCGGAGACAAAGAGACAAGAGACGCUGGAGAGAAAGAGCCAGACGCUGCACAGCAGUCUGAUGGGGAGACUGCUACAGACCAUCAGCUGUCCUGCAGCAGCAAUGAGACCCUCAACUACCUGAUGUUCAGCGCUGACGCUGGAGACAAAGAGACCGAUGCUGCUCAACAGUCUGAUGGGGAGACUACAGACUACUGGAGACCAAAAGAGUCUGUGCAGCAGUCUGAUCGGGAGAUUACAGGCCAUCAGCUGCCCUGGAGCAACAGCGAGGAGGCCCUCAACUACCUGACGUUCAGCACUGACAGAGACACAGAACCCGACGCUGCACAGCAGUUAUGAUGGGGACACGAGACCAUCAGCUGCCCUGCAGCAACGAGGAGGCCCUCAACUAGCACUGACGCCAGAGACAAAGAGACAAGAGACGCCGGAGACAACUACGUGGCGUGUGGUGCUGACGCCAGAGACAAAGAGACAAGAGACGCCGGAGACAACUACGUGGCGUGUGGUGCUGACGCCAGAGACAAAGAGACGAGACACACUGGAGACAAAUAACCCAGUUUGAAAUUAUGCUUUUGCACACCUCUGUAGUUGGAAAGAUUGCGUAGGAUGCUACCUCAGUGGGGCUGUCUUUGAAGUGUAAAGAAAUCCCACACAGUCCAUUCCACCAGCAACCUUUAAGACAACGUUUCGGUCAUCUGACCCUGAAGAAGGUGGGAUGACCGAAAUGUUGUAUUAAAGUUUGUUGGUAGCAGUGUGCCGGAUUUCUUUACACUUGGGCUAUGUUUACACUGCAGAUCGGAUAUGCCAAUUCCGAUUUUAUGCUCAGAUCUGAUUUUUGACCGACCCAUUUACAUCUAUUCUGCCAAUAACCCAAUUCCGAUUCAUGCCUGUUUACAUUUGACCAAAUCAGCGCAUAGCAUGCACACAUGAACCCAACACCUUGGCCUAUGUAAUAUGUCUGAGUGCAGGACGGGCUUGGGAAAACAUUGCAGUGCUUGCGGAAAUAUUCUCUCUACAUUGCACUGCACUGCACUGCACUGCACGCGCUCUCUCUCUCUCUCUCUCUCUCUCUUUCUCUCUCUCUCUCUCUCUCACUCACACACACACACACACCAAGCCUAUGCGCUCUCCUGUUCAACUGGGUGCAGAGAGCUGGCAGGACACAUCACACGCACGCGCACAUAACACACGUGGAGAUGAAAAUAUGGACUAAUUGUUGUUUAAGCAGUUGUACAUCUUGCAUCUCAUUUAAUCUUUUAAUGCAUUAAAUAAGUUAUUCCGUUUGAAGUGACGUUGACUGUAGCGUCAUGUCGAAUAUUAAAACGUUAUCCAGUGGAAGGAAUAUGAUUAUCUUCUAGUAGGUCUAUUUAGCCUGGUUCUCACCGACGGUGUCUGUGUACCAUCUGGUAGCACUGCCGUUAACAUGCUCUUCUCGAGUCAGAAAAUAAAUGGUGCAUUUAUUGCAACUCACCACCAACAAAUUCCUCCAAAAACGUUUUCUGUUCAUCUCUAAAGAGUCAAUAUAGUCUAGAAUCUGUCCUGUGACUCAUCAAUACAAGCUGCCAUUGACAUUUAAGCAAUAAAUGCUCAGUUUAUUUUCUACUCGAAAAGAGUAUGUUAAUGGCAGCGCUACCAGCAGUGGCGUGCACAGACAUUUUGGGGGGCAGGUGCUGAAGGGGGGAUGUUAAAGACAUGUAUAAUUUCCGGCUGCCUUAUUAGGACAUAGUAUAGAGGCUACAUUAUAAUUGAACAUUAUUGUAACAUUCUUUUGAUCAUGAAGCAUUUAAAAAAAAAUUGGACCAGAGUACAUU